UUUGUCCUUAAAUCUAUUUAUUAAUGACGUGUCUCUUAGUUCGUGAAGCAGCUAUCUCCAUUUUAUUAUAGUACAAAUAAAUAUUGACUCUUGAGGGGGAGUUUCUGAAAGACUCGGGUGAGAAGCAGUAGAAAAAAAACCCUGAAACGAAAAGAGAGAGAAAAGGGAUGGACAUUUAUAAUCCAACAACAGUGAUUUGCGUUAUUCUAGCAAUGGAUCAAUCUUGUUUUUCUUACAAAGCCUGCUCUAACUGUGAAACAGCUAUCCCUGAAAUCCCUUCUUCUGAUUUUGUCUGCAAAAGUAACAGAUGCAACGGUCGCAGCUACCCCUACAAACGGUUAUUCCGCCUUCUUUUCUCAAUAGCAGCAGAGUCAAAGGUUUUUAACGUGGUAUGCUUCGAUAAGGCUGCCCAGGUCAUCUUCGGAUGUUCUGCUCUACAAUUCUUUGACUUUUCAUUUCAACACCCUUUUGCUGCUGAAAAUGCUAGUAAUGCUUUGGUGGGAGAAAUGUUCAGAAUCACUUUGGUGAAACCAAAAAGGGUUAAAGCAGACCACCUUCGUAUGACGAAAGUUGUUCCUUUGAGAUCUGGUUUUCAGCCAGUUAUUAAGACCUUGGAAGAACUGUAUAAAGUAAUAUAUGGAGAUAAAGCUGCUUAGUAUUCUUGGUUCUGCACAAAGCUUCAGUGAUUUUCUAGACUAAGUUGAGCCCCAUUUUGUAAGGUUUUUUGUACAUUUUGUGGGUUAAAUCUAAUGGGAUCAUCUGGUGCUUGCAUCUUUUUGUUUCCAUUUUAGAUAGGAUUGUAAAAGUUUGGGGGUAGCCGCUGCCUGCUGGCUAUGGUUAUUCUAUCAGAUUCUGAGAAACAACGUACUAAUCAUCCAUAUAACAAAUCUGUUUGUGGUAGCUGCUGGCUAUGUUUUGGAUUGAACUACUUCUUGCUUUUUCCAUGUUGCAUCUUGCCUUUUAAAGUAGAUGUUUGUCAGUAAUAGCCAGCACAAUGGUGUGAAAGGUUGAAAUAAAGGGAAAUGAGAAGAAUUGGAUCCAUUUGAUUAGUCACUGUAAUCUCAUAUUCUUGAUUUUGGUAUAAGCCACGAAGGGGUGGACUGUUCAGAACAAUGAAGCGCUUAGAAAAUAAGAAUUAAUGUUUAAAAUGCAUUGGUGCCUAAAUU